CUGAUGCAGAAAACCGCUUUUGCAUACUGUAUCCGAAGCAGGUCUUACUGUUGGCCCGUGAAACGGACUCAAACGAGCACAACGCGGAGCGGAACAUAGUGGGACGACAAGAUGCCGCACAAUUUUCGGCCCGGGGAUCUUGUCUUCGCUAAAAUGAAGGGAUAUCCUCACUGGCCGGCCAGGAUUGAGGAUGUAGCAGAUGGGGCUGUAAAACCCCCACCCAACAAGAUCCCCAUUUUCUUCUUUGGGACACAUGAAACAGCAUUCCUUGCACCCAAGGACCUUUUUGCAUAUGAAAAGUGCAUCGAUCGGUAUGGAAAGCCCAACAAAAGGAAAGGCUUCAACGAAGGCUUGUGGGAAAUCAAAAACAAUCCUCACGCCUCUUACAGUGCACCUGCAGCUGCAUCAUCGUCCGACAGCGAGGAAAACGAACCUGCAGCGGCAAGUGAUGCAGAAGAAGAUGAAGAGGAAGCAGUGGUACCGAGGAAAGCUGAAACGGGAAGUGAGGAUUCUGAUUCUGGGAGUGAAGAUCAGCGGAGGCCAGCCGCAAAGCGGAAAGCUCCAGCUGCAAAGAGGCCACCAGUGAAGAGGUCACGGGCAUCUUCCAGCGAUCGAGAGGUAGUGGAGAGUGGAUCUCCCUCAGAACCAGAACCAUCACCUAGUUCAGAUUCUGACUCUGGCAAAAAUAGUGACCAGGACUUCUCACCACAGAAGGAAUCCGGUGGUCGAGGCGGCAAAAAACCAGCUGCCAGAGGCAGGCAGAAGAAAGCAUCAUCUGGCUCUGAUUCAGAAUCGGGCUCCAAGUCAGAUCAGAGGCCCGCACGGAGCGAUUCAGAAGAUGAGAAGCCGCGACCGGCCAUCUCUGGAUCCGAAUCGCAAUCUGGAUCCAAAUCUGACUCCGAUUCUGAGCCUCCUCCCAGGAAGCCGCAAGGUCGCAAGAAAGCUGAGAAACCUCCUCCAAAGCCAAAAGCAAGAAAACCCAAGCCGGCUCCAGAGAGGGCUCGUUCCUCUUCAUCAGACAGUGAUAGCGACAGCGAACCAGACCGCGUCAGCGAGUGGAAGAAGAAAGACGAGGAGCGGCGGAGGGAGCUGGAGGAGAAGAGGAAGAAGGAGGAAGCAGAGGAGCUGCGCCGGCUCAGAGAGCGAGAGAAGGAAGAGGAGGAAAAGAAAAAGAAAGAUAAGGAGAACAAGACCAGGAGAGGCAGCAGCAGUAGUGGUAGCAGCAGUAACAGUUCAGAUGAAGAUGUGGACGAUCACCCUCUCAAGAAAUCCAAGAAACCUCCACCUCCUCCUAUACCUGCGCCGUCUGACUCCGACUCUCCGCCUCCUGCAGAGGUAAAGAAAUCGAGCAAACGCCAAGAGAGCAAGAAAGGGCGACAAAAGAAAGAAAAGGAGUUGAAAGAGAAAAGGGAGAGGCAGAUUAAACAGAAAAAGCAGCAGAGAUCGGAGGAGAAACACAAAGCGAGGUCUAAACCCGAGAAGCCCAAGCGUAAACCAGUGCGCUCACCUGAGAAGAAAGUCGACAAGAAAAAAGAAACUUCUCCUGAAGAAAAACUACAGAAACUCCACACAGACAUCAAGUUUGCGCUGAAGGUAGACAACCCGGACAUUGAGAAGUGUCUACAGGCCUUGGAGGAGCUCGGCUCUGUGCAAGUCACCUCUCACAUCUUACAGAAAAAUGCAGACGUUAUUGCAACACUCAAAAAGAUACGUCGGUACAAGGCAAGCGGUGCCGUUAUGGAAAAGGCCACUUCAGUCUACAACAAAUUAAAACUGCAGUUUAUUGGCAAGAUUGAACCCAAUAACUCAAAACCAGAUCAAAACAACCAAGAAAACAAUACAAAAGAUGCACAAAACACAGAUUCAAAACCAGUCAACGGUGAGUCGGAGGGUGAGAAAAAAGAGGGCUCUGACUCUGAAGAAAAUCCAAAAUCUGCAGACCAAGAGAACCAGGAUGAGAACAAGUCUCCAAACUCUAUCAGGCCUGAUCCAGACAGCCCAACAGAACAAGAAACACCCACAACUGACCCUACAGAGUCUAAUCUGACAGCAGACACAGAACCAAUGAAAGAGUCCAGCAGAGAACAGGAAGAGCAGAUGUCUUCCGAAAGCUGAAUGGAGAACCGUUGUCAGUGAAGAAUGGAUUCUGAACUGCAUCCCUCUUUUACACUCUGGCUUCCUUCUUUCGUUCAUCUGUGUUACGUUUUUGUCCGCCCAACUUUGUGAGCUACAUGAGUUUUUCGUGUUGUACAUAAAAUGUGAUAUGAACAUUAUUAGCACUUUUGAAUCAUGAGGUCCUGAGGCGCCUUAAUGUAAACGUUGGAUGUGGAAGCGAUUCUACACUAACCACGUGUGGUCCAUCAAGUGGAAAGGUUUUCUUUUGGAAUCACGUUGACAUCUAGGGGAGAACAGCAAAGCCUGGAUGUAUUUGAAGACUGCUUAUACUAUGUCGUCGCUUUUUAUGAGUGAAACUCCGAUUUUUUUUCCCUUUUUGUUUUUGUAUAAAAAAAAAAACGUUUAUAAAAAGCUAUUUGGUUUUGCGCUGAUCAAGAACCGCUAUGAUUAAGCCAUACCACAUGGAAUCGUUAGUGCACACAUAUACUUUGUUUGGUAUGGAUUUCAAUAACUGUCUAUGGACUUUCACUAAAUUCGGUAGAUGUACUGUUAGUUGGUCAUUGUCUGGUCCUCUAUGAACUCACAUCAGCAUAUUAGGACAAAUACCGAGGCACAUGUAUAAUAUAGGUUGACUCAAUCAUUUUGUUGGAUGUUAUAAAACAUGCUUAUCAUGCAUAUUAUAAACAUGUUUUUAGUGCUAUGUAACAUGGUCCAAGUUUUUUUAGCAUCACCGAAGGAUUCAAUAAAAAAUCCGCAUGAUAGCUACAACUU